UUUUAAUUGAAUACACCCUUUCUCCGGUCUCCACUGAUGUGAUGGUGUGUGUGGACGAUCGUGAGCGUGAAGAGGCGUUUCCGAGGCCAAGCCGCAGUUCAAAUUAGUUUUGAGGAGUUGGGAGGCUGGCUAACCGUAAGGGAAGACACAAACCACGGAAAGCCCCAAGCAUUGCUGCUCAUCCUUGCAUAGUGAAAAGUUAACGUUAAAAUUCAACGUGACAAUCGCCGUAUACAACAACCGAUGCGUGUGGAUACAUUUUCAGCUUCAUUCUGGGGGACAGUACCAAGACAUUGGAUUACAUCGUGAAAGGGAGUUAACGUUAGCUAGCACGCUAGCUGAUGUUUUUUUAAACCAACUUUGGUAGGAAAAAAAAAAGAAGUGUGAUGAGGGACCGGUUGGCCGACUUGACAGCCAACAGUACAUAUGAGGAGGAGGAUGUCACCAUUACACUUGACAAAGAUGCAUUCAUGGAGGGAUUCUUCAGGAAGGUGGAGGAGGUUCGAGGACUCAUUGAUAAGAUCUCAUCCCAAGUGGACGAGGUGAAAAAGAAGCACAGCAUGAUCCUGUCAGCGCCCAACCCUGACGAGAGGACAAAAGAAGAACUCGAGCAGCUAACCAGGGAAAUCAAGAACAAUGCCAACACCGUGAGGGCCAAGUUAAAAUCCAUGCAGCAGAACCUUCCCCAGGACGAGAACGCCAACAGGGCCUCUGUGGAUCUCCGCAUUCAGAAAACCCAGCACACCGUGCUCUCACGGAAGUUUGUGGAGGUCAUGACUCAGUACAACGAGACCCAAGUGUCCUUUCGGGAAAGAAGCAAAGGAAGGAUCCAGAGGCAGCUGGAGAUCACUGGAAAAGUGACCACGGACGAGGAGCUGGAGGACAUGCUGGAGAGUGGCAAUCCGGCCAUUUUCACAUCUGAUAUAAUCUCAGACUCGCAGAUCACUCGGCAGGCUUUGAACGAGAUCGAGUCGCGGCACAAGGACAUCAUCCGCCUGGAGUCCAGCAUCAGGGAGCUCCAUGAGAUGUUUGUGGACAUGGCCAUGCUGGUGGAGACCCAGGGGGACAUGAUUAACAACAUUGAGAAAAAUGUGACUAAUGCGGUGGAGUAUAUCGGCCACGCCAAAGAGGAGACCAAAAAGGCUGUGAGAUACCAGAAGAAAGCUCGCAGGAAAACCGUUUAUAUCGCUAUUUGUGUGGUAGUUGCUGUCAUUAUUUUAGCCAUCAUCAUUGGGACGACGGUGUCGUAGUGCUCGCCCCUCAGCGUUGCACCUGUAACCGAAGAAAAGAGGACCGUCAGGGACAUGUCCGCCACCAGAGGACAAGACGGAAAACGUGUAUGCAAAGACCCAAGCUUAGCAUUAUUGUCUUAUAAUGAAUCGCAUGCAUCAGGUAGGGUGCAUUUUCCCGACACCCAUGAUAUUUGAUGAUAUUUGAAACAAUGGGGCUGAUUUGAACCAUCACUCUUCACGCUCAGCAGUACCACCUGACGAGGCCUUUUAGUUUUGUGUUACACAGCAGUCACUCCAGUUUUUUGAGUAUAUAUUAGUUUUUUCCAUAGAAAAUCUGCAGACAGCUUGUCUGGCAUUACAAAAUGCCUGCCAGCUUCAGUCUGUUGCUUAUAGAUAGAACCCUGCUCUCUCUCUCUCUCUGUCUCUGUCUCUCUCUCUCUGUCUCUCUCUCCCAAUACACACAU